AGCAGCAUGGACCACGAGCACUUCAGUGCGUGUGACUUUGCUGAGGAGACAGCUCUUUGUUGUGCUUCUGUGUAGCGCACUGGUACCCGGGCAACAACUAAAUGCACUGAAAUGGCUCUUCUACAAAUACUUGUAUAGCGUGUCUAUCAAUAUUUUAUUGCUGUAAGUGGCUUUUGUGGCCAUGGAGAUGAAUGGGGCUCCUACUAAGAGCAAAAGCCGGCUUGUACCAGUGGGUACCUGGCUCCUUCCCACAUGUCUCCUGUGUGCAUACGGGUUCUUCGCUAAUCUCAGACCGUCUGAGCCUUUCCUCACCCCUUAUCUGCUGGGGCCUGACAAGAACCUUACGGAGAGACAGGUGUUUAACGAAAUAUACCCUGUUUGGACAUAUUCUUACCUGGCAUUGCUGUUUCCUGUAUUCCUUGCAACAGACUAUCUCCGAUACAAGCCAGUUAUUGUUUUGCAAGGUGCAAGUCUGAUAAUCUCAUGGUUCAUGCUACUGUAUGCUCAAGGUACCCUGGCUCUUCAGUUCCUUGAAUUCUUCUAUGGAAUUGCAACUGCAACAGAAGUGGCUUACUACUCUUACAUCUACAGUAUGGUGGAGCCUAGCUUGUACCAAAAAGUUACCAGUUACUGCCGUACAGCCACGUUAACUGGUUUCACUGUUGGUUCCAUCGUUGGCCAACUUCUAGUUUCGUUGGCUAACUGGUCAUUGUUCUCGUUAAAUGUAAUUUCUUUAACAUGUGUUUCUGUUGCUUUUGCAACUGCUUGUUUUUUACCAAUGCCAACUAAAAGUCUUUUCUUUCACCAAAACUUGCUUUAUCCUGGAGAUAAGGAAAUGUAUAUUUCAGACAAAAUACAAGUGGACAGUAAUGAUUAUGCUUUGGCAAAUACCACUGAGGCUGAAGAGAUUGAAUCUCGAAUUGCAUUAAAUUCUGAAAUCAGAUCUGAAUCAGAUGUAAAAAACUGUUCUCCAAAGAAUAGUAAUGAUUUGCAAAGUGUCCUGAAGACAUUUCGGAAGUAUUUCUUACACUGUUACUCAUCACGCACACUCGUGUGCUGGUCGGCAUGGUGGGCUUUAUCGACUUGUGGAUACUGUCAAGUGGUAAAUUACGCUCAGGGUCUCUGGGAACAAGUUGCUCCAUCCUCCCAUUCUGAUAUAUAUAAUGGCAGUGUGGAAGCCGCUUCUACCCUCCUAGGAGCUGUUGCAGUGUUUGCUGUUGGAUACAUAAACACAUCAUGGUCUACAUGGGGAGAAUUACUUCUUGCUUUUUUUUCAGUAAUCCUUACUAUUACUGUAUACAUUAUGGACACCAUUAGAAAUAUAUGGGUCUGUUAUGUGUCAUAUGUUUUCUUUAGAAGUAUCUAUAUGCUUCUAAUCACAAUAGCAACGUUUCAGAUUGCCGCAAAUCUAAGUAUGGAGUGUUAUGCACUUGUUUUUGGCGUAAAUACAUUUAUUGCCCUGCUUUUGCAAACCUUUUUGACCUUAAUAGUGGUGGACUCGGUUGGCCUUGGCUUGGAUAUAUUUACACAAUUUAAAAUUUAUGCUGGAUACUUUACUGCCAUAUCAUUAAUCUUUUAUGAGUGGACUUUACCAUGUACAGAAAAAAUGCAGAAGGCAGCCAAUUACGGUCUCAUCAUCGGAUCCUUGAAGUAAUUUGGUGGUAAAUGUGUUUUUUUGGUAUGACUGGACCUUGAAUCUGCAUUUGUUUUGCUGCUUAAACAAAUAAUUAUUCAGUAUUACACACAAUAUUAUAUCUGUGCCUUUUCAUUACCAAUGCAAGUGAACAUUUAUAGUACAUAUACCUGUAUAUGAACACAACAGGAAUGACAUGUUUUAUAGUUCUGUCUUUUCUCUCAAGCUCCUCUCCCAUCCAUUAGAUUAACAGAGAGAGUUCUCUGGAAACACAUAUUUUCCUGUUAUUAAUUUGUUAAUUUUUGUUUGUUUUUUUAAGAAUUGCAUGCCAUAUUUCAUGCAUGCACAAUGGAUGCCAGCAUACUUCUGUACUAAAUUAUGCAAAUUGGCACCCCACAGACAAUACUCUGCCCACAGUUUCCCUGGAGAACCUGCAGGAAUUGAUCAGAUAGCUAAUAUGUGCAGGGCCGAUAUUAAACAUCUGCUACUUGCCGAAAGCCAGGCAGGGUAAUUAGUUGAACU